AUGGCGACGGAUGUUUGCCGACCACCGAUCUCCGGUGGUCCUAUGGAUGCUCGGCGUUCUUCCACAAGCUUGUUUCAUGGCACAUCGAAGUCACUUUCCGCAUCUCCACCGGCAUUUGGUGAUAUCCCGACAAGUUUUAUCCAAGGAAAAGGUGUACUAGAAGAAGAUCCAUCGUCCAAUAUUCUGAAGAACAAAGACCUCUUUAGAGUUAGGGAGCUGGCAACUUCUGAGGUUGCUUCAAUCUCUCCUGAAAAUGAUCCUGUUUUUUCUGAUAUUCAAAUCUCUGUCAGAAGCGAUUCUGAAAUUUUAAUUGCUGAUAACAACAAGGGAGUUCAAGAUAAGGAGAAUUCAAAAUCUGUAAUUCUGAAUAAUUCUGUUAAUGAAGGAAUUAGAAACCAAGGUUCAAUUGAUCUGGAAAAUGUUCGUGUAUGCAACAAUGGAGAGCUUGGCUCUUGCAAGGAAACAGUUAAUGUUAUGGAUGAAAGAAAUCCGCCGAUCUUACAUCAAAAUUCUUGGGCAAAAAAAGAACAUAUAAAAGUAUCUCACUUAGAAUUUGGUGAGUUCAGAUCUGAAGAUGGUAUCUCCGUUAAGCUCAAUGUAGACAAGGUAAAGGAAAAUUCAAAAAAGCUACAAAAUUCCAUUGUUAUCAAAGUGUUUGGCAGCAAAAUUCCUUUCCCUGUGGUCAGUACAGAACUUAGAAGGCAAUGGACUCCUUAUGGGAAAUUCCACUUAACAAUGUUAGGAAUGGAUUGGAUACUUUGUUCAUUCUACAAUAAUGAAUCCUUGGAAGCUGUUUUCAAUAACGGACCUUGGUUUGUUAAUGGGAAAAUAAUUGGUAUGGAUAAAUGGUCUCCUAAUUUUGAUCCUUCCUCCUUAAAAGGGUUGAGUGCGCCAAUUUGGAUAAGGCUUCCAAAUCUACCUCUCCUUCGUUGGGAUGAAAUUAAUAUAUGUAGAAUUGCUUCUACAAUUGGUCAGCCCCUAAUGAUUGAUGGUAAUCUUUUUCAAUGGGGAAGAAGGGAGUUUGGUAGAGUUUGUGUUCGUAUCAAACUAGACAUUGCAUUACCAAAAGGAACUUGGGUUGAAAGCAGCUCGGGCAAGUUCUAUCAAAAAUUUGAAUAUGAAAGAAUCCCGGAAUUUUGUUUCUGCUGUGGCAAAAUUGGUCAUGAUAAGUCCAAUUGUUCUUUUAACUCAUCUGUUACUAAUUCUGUUUCUAAUAAGGAAGGGGAUCCUCCAAAGAAUACUGAAGAAAUUACCUUUAACAACAAGGUGUCUAAAGAAGCAGAAAAAGAUAAUUUUGGAUAUGGACCUUGGUUGCAGGUUAACUAUGGCAAGAAGAGGAAUUUGUACAAGAAUCAAGGCUUUAAAGAUAAAGUAGUUGAUGGCAACAAUAUUCCAGAUUCUGUUUCAAAAAAACAAAUAUGGAAGGAAGUAGAAGCAUUGGAAGUUCCAAAUAAAGUGGUGCAAUUUGCUACUUUGGAAGGAGUCCAGGAAGAUCCUAUUAACGAAUCUGUUUGUUUACAGCAUUCUGAAAUCUCUUCAAAAAUCAUCUUGGAUAAAAGGUCAAAUGUUCAUAACUCUUCUUUUAUCUCUUCUAACAAAUUCAAUUUGCUAGAUGAUAUUAGCGAGGAAGGAGAAAUCAUUUCAGCUGAAUUGGUUGAUGAUCUUGCUUGUAAAAUUCUGGAAGAAGUUUCUAAUAAUUCAGAUAAAGGAAUUAUCAACAAGGAAGAUCUUUCAAAUGGCUUAUCAGGGGGCAUUCUUGUAUUAUGGAAAGGCAACUUUGCUUCUUUUAAAAUUUUAGAUUCGUCUUCCCAAUUCAUUGUGGGGGAUUUGGAGAUUCUCAACAAAGGAACUUGGAGAAUUGCUUCUAUCUAUGGAAGCAAGGAUGUUUAUAGAAGAAGAUUGCUUUGGGAAAGAUUGGAAUUCUUUACUAACAAAGAUAUCCCUAUGGUGAUAGGAGGAGAUUUUAAUUGCAUUCUUUCAAGUGAAGAUAAAAGGGGAGGGAAAAGAUUUAAACUUUCCCAAGGACCCAAGGAGAUGAAAACAUUUCUAGCUAACAAUGAUUUACAUGAAGUUGGUUUCGUAGGACCAAAAUUCACUUGGUGCAACAACAAGCAAGGGCCAGAAUGCAUCCUUGAAAGAUUAGAUAAGUGUUUUAUAAACCCAGCUGUUGUUUCUUCGUCUAAUCUUCUUUGUGUUAAGCAUUUAGCAUGUGUGGCUUCGGACCAAUGUCCAAUUGUCUUGAACCUUAUGGUUUAUCAUAAUAAGGAGAAGAUUUUAAGAUUUGAGGAUGUUUGGGCUCAAAACAAAGCUUCUAUGGCUGUGGUUAACAAAGUAUGGAAAAAGAAGUAUAGAGGGAACGCUGCCAACAUAUUGAAUAGUAAAAUGAAAGAUUCUCUCAAAUCCCUUUUCUAUUGGAGCAAAUCAAAAAUGCAGAAUUUACUUUCUCUUAAGAAUGAUCUUUUAUUUCAAAUUGAAAAUCUUCAAAAGAAAGAGGCUAAUGAAGGAUGUCUUUCGAUUGAUGAAAGCUGGAAGCUUAAAGCUUUAGUGGGAGAAUUUAACUCAACUCUUGCCAAACUUGAUACUUGGUGGAAACAAAGAGCAAAGGUGAAAUGGAUGGUGGAAGGAGACCGAAACUCUAAAUUCUUUCAAUCAUUUGCUUCUUCGAGAAGGAAUUCUAACUUUAUUUCCAAGAUUAAAAAUGAUGUUGGUGAAGUAGUAGAAGAACAAAAGCUUAUUGUAAAUGUUUUCUUAAAACAUUUUCAGGAUAAAUGGAAGCUCCGAAGAUGUAUUUUGGAAGAUCGGCCUUCUUCAUGGUGCUGUCUAAAUGAGGAUGAUAAAACUGCUUUAAACAAACCCUUCUCUAUUGAAGAAAUGGAAAUUGUUAUCAAAAACAGUGGUAACAAUAUCUCUCAAGGUCAAGAUGGCAUCACAUUUUCCUUCUUUAAAGCUUAUUGGGAAAUUAUCAAACUUGAUCUUUGGAAUGCUAUUAAAGAAUUCUUUGAAAAUGCUGUAAUGGAUCCUAAAUGGAAAGAAACAAUUGUUGUUCUUAUUCCAAAAAUCAAUAAUCCAUUAUCUCCUUCUAAUUAUAGACCAAUUAGCCUUUGUAAUUCGGUCUAUAAAUUGGUGGCUAAAAUCCUAAUGAAUAGAAUGGCUCCCUAUAUCUCUAAAUUGAUUUCUUAUGAACAAGUAGCUUUUAUCAAAGGAAGAUCUCUUAAUGAUCAUGUGUUGAUUGCCCAAGAAGUUAUUCAUAAACUAAGGAAUUCUAAAUCUUCAAAAGGCUUUGUGGUUUUCAAAAUUGAUAUGGAACAAGCCUAUGAUUCCAUGGGUUGGACAACCUUGGAAAAAGAUUUGCAUUAUUUCGGUUUUCCAGAAUUCUUCUCAAAGCUGAUUUUAAAUUGUAUUCAAAGUUCCAAAUUCUCUAUUUCUAUAAAUGGUAGCUUAUCUAAAUGGAUUGAAGGUCAAUGUGGCUUUAGACAAGGUUGCCCCUUGUCUCCUUUUCUAUUCAUCAUUUGUGCUCAAUUACUUUCUAAUGCCUUCAGACAAAAAGGUGAUGAAUUGGGAAUUCGAAUUUCUUCAAAUGGGCCUUCCAUAUCUCACUUAUUAUAUGCUGAUGACGUGAUCAUAUUUUCAGAAGCUACAUUGAAGGCUACCAAACAAAUUAAAAAAAUCUUGGAUAAUUUCUGCAGUUGGACAGCUUUGAAGAUGACUAACAUAUGGGGAAGUAAGAUGAUUUCUUUGGCUGGAAAAAUUCUUUUAGCUAAAACAGUUUUGCUCUCAUUCACCACCUUUCAUUGUACCAACUCUCUUGUGCCUAAGAGUAUUCUAGAUGAGGUGGACAAAAUUUGUAGAAAUUUUAUUUGGAACAAAUCUAAUGGUGAUUAUGGAAUACACUAUGUUAAUAGGUUAACUAUGUGUUUAGCAACCAAAUGGGGAGGUAGAGCUCUUCACUCUUGUUCUACUAAACUUGGCCCAAUAAGAUCCAAAUUGACAUGGAAAUAUUUAUAUGAGAAAGAUUCAUUUAUUCACAAGGUAUUCUUCCCCAAAUAUGGAAAUCUACUUGAAAAGGUAGAUUUGAAAAAUUCUUGCUCUAAUUCAUGGAAAAUCUUGAAGUCCGGUGGUAAAUCAUUAUUGCCAUUUAUUAGAUGGAAGGUGGCAAACGGCAUUGACAUUGAUGUAUAUAAAGAUACAUGGAUUUUAGAUAAAAGUUUGAAUAAGUGGCCAACAUUCAUUUCCCCUAUAGAAGAUGACAUAUUUUCUGUUUCGAACUUUAUAGAGAAUGGUAGAUGGAAUGUGGAUCAAAUGAGAAAGAUUAUGGGUGAAGAUCUUGUAAAUUUGAUUUUACAAACCAUUAACCCGUUAGAUCAAGAAGAUGAUAAAAUGGAGCUAUUACUUCAGGGCAAUGGUAAAUCUUUAUCAGCCAUGGUUUUUGAAAAUUCGGUGAAACACAAUCCUACGGCUUACUACUGUAGUUGGAUAAAAAAUGCAAAACUCAAUCCAAAGGUGGAGACUUUUUGGUGGAGGAUCUUUAAUAACGCAUUAGCUACCAAUGAUUUCCUGGAACAUAGAAAAUUUCAAAGGAUAAAUCUUUGCCCAAGGAACUGUAAUGUUGCUGAAAAUAGAGAUCAUUUGACUACUAAUUGUCAAAAGCUUAAGGAAGUUAUUUCUAAAAUUAAAGAAUGGGGAUUUUCAUUCAAAGAAUAUCAUACAUUGCAAGAUUGCUGUAAGGAUCUUUCUUCUCUAAAUCCCUUCAUGAUCAAUCUCUAUUGCUCAAUGGUUUUCUUAACAUGGAAGUCCAGGAAUAAUCUUCUCUAUAACGAAAAGGAUGAUAGCACAUUGUUUAUAGCUUCAAAUGCAAUAAGCUUUGCUUCAAUCUCUAUCCAAGGAAUUAGUAAAUUCUCGGGUAUAUGGGAUGUCAACCAACCUUCAAGGUUGUCUUUAUCUCAUUGGUACCCCCCUCCACCCGAUUGGCAUAAAGUGAAUGUGGAUGCUACUCUUCUAUCCAAUUACAAAGCUGGAAUUGGAGGUAUUUUUCGUGAUCAUAAAGGAAGAUUCCUUCUUGCUUUUGGUAAACCGUAUAUACAUUGGGAUAUCUAUUCUUUGGAACUAUUUGCUACUCAACACAUUAAAGAAGAAAUGAAGGAUUGGAUGUUUAAAUUCAAAGGCAUAAUCAUAGAAGGAGAUAAUCAUAAUGUUAUGGAAUUCUUGAAGCUUUCUUAG